GUCUCGACGAAGGAAGCCGCGCGCAGGGCUGCUUGAGAGACUUUGCGACUUGAGGAGGGGGUAUCGGUUCUGUCAUCGUUGGUUCACUACUCGUGGCUUGAGCAGCUAUCCACCCAUCACCACGAGGAGGUCAUGACAGCAACGAUGUCGAUGGAGACGCCGCUGGAGAGGGCGUAAGGGGAGAGCGAACAAGCCGGGUUCGUCGCCGCGCGCGCAGUUGUACGAUGACGACGAGUGAGCCACGGGCGGCACAGCGACCGACGAGGCAUGCGCGGCGAUUUUGACCUUGUUGGCCAUGAUCUCCUCACUUGCCAGGAUCGGCAUCUCUGGGUACGACGUCCUAAAGGCCUUCUUGAGAUGUGGCACAGUAGGGGCGGAGAAGAGGCCGCCGAUGACGUUGAGCAGGCUCAAGGAGGCGAAGACGUCGGCUUUGAACGUGUUGGACCAUUUCUCUCCAUGGUCAACGACGCUGCAGGUGUAUGGCUCUCCCGCACGCUUGCAGGGAGCACAAGCAAAGGUCGCCUUCUUGCCCUUCUUGGCCUUGUCAGGGUCCUCGACGAAGAUCCUGCACAGCUCACCGUUGCGCACGCACCUUGCGCAGGGACGGACGUGAGCAGGGGCGCCGCCGGAGGAGGGGUGGAACAAGAUCUUGUCCUUGCCGGGACUGUUGAUGUCGUAGAAGUCGAGGACGUAGUAUCCCCACUUCACCAUCCUCUGCUUCUCGGGCAGGACCAAGUCGAGGAAGGGCGCUGGUACCUCGAGCUGGUCCAAGCGCGCAGCCACGCCUGCCUCGUCCCACGGGCGGUCCUCGAGUCGCACCUGCUGGGGCUGCAGGUGGUACCUCCGGCGCAGGACUUUCUCGAGCCUCUGGUGCAACAGCCGCUGGUCGAGGGCGGUGAACGCAGAGGCCGCAUCGCUCGGGGCAGAUGAGCAGGCAGAGGCUUCCCCGACGACGCUGCCAGACUCGGCGGUCUC